AUGCCGCCUCUCACGCCACCCCAGGAGCCAUGUCCCGCCUCGAGAGAUGUUGGAAAGCUCAGCGGUUUCGACAAUUGGCAUACCUGGCACAUAAAAGGUCGCAUGGCUCUUCAAAAUCUAGGCCUUCGACACCUACUCACCGACGACGGCGUCAAGGACGCGGACGACCCUGAAGCAGCCAGCCAAUACGACUCUGACCGAACCGCCGGUGUGCGUUUCCUGGUCGAUAGCAUCUCCGAGGAUAUUCUGGCCAGCGCGUACGGCCGAGGCUGGAAGCCCGAGGACGCCACGGUGCAGAGCACCCUCAACACACUCGAGACAAUUGUUAGAGACGCACAACGACAGCGACACGAUGAGGAGGAGAGGACGACGGUGGCCAGCAAGUGCUUGGCUGGCCUGACGCGCAUGGAUCUCGCCGCCGGGGCGCAGACGAUCAAGGAAUACAUACUGACGGCCAAGCACUGCCACGACGGCCUGCUUGCGCAGUACGGCGACGGCGCGAGCCCUGUGGAAGACGUUCUAGAGCAACUGUUUGUGGUGUCGCUCCUGGAAGGCCUCCAGACGAGCCAGCCCGAGUGGUACUGCGAGUGGAUGGAGAAGCUCAAGGAAGGCACUCUGGGGCACGCGAGCACGCGGGAUGGCGUUACAGAGUGGCUACUGGCCAAAGACACGGCCACUCCCCAGACAGGGCAGGACAAUGAUGCCACCAUUGCCGCGCCACGAGGUCGGCCCUCGGGAAAGAGAGCUAGACUCGGCCGUGUUGAUAGAAGACGCCAACGCUGCCGCUAUUGUACCGACCACCAUCCGCAGUCAACUCCCCACGAAGAGACAGACUGUUGGUUCCUUAACCCGCAUAGGGCGUCGCGCAAGUGGCAGGGCAUUUACAAGGACGAGGUGGCGGCCCUGAGGGACCAUCUGGGGUACAACGGCAAGAGGAAGAGGUCCGUAUCGACGUCUUCGCAUCGUGCCUAG